AUGGUUCCACAGUUGAUCAAAAGUACACUUUGCACCAUGCACAUGCACAUGCAAGUGUCAGAGCUCAGAGAACUGCACAACUCAAGGAAUCAUGAGGAAAUAUACAGCAGGAUCAGGCAGGAGAUGCAAAAGCUCAACUUCAGGCAGAAACUUUCGACCGAUGAUCUUGACGGAUUGAAGCUGUGCAUAGAGAAUGAGAUAAAGAAAUGUGUGUAUGCCCAGAAAAGCAUCCCCAGGCCUGUUAUCAGCAUAACACUGCUGCUGGGCAAUGAGUUUGAAGAAAAGGCGAGAUCAUCCAUGGCCUCUCACAUGACCAUUCUGUGCUCGGUAGAUUAUCAAGAUGUCCUGAAGCACAGCUUCCGCAAGCUGUCGUCACUUGGUGCAUGCUUGAUGUGGGUUGAAGAGAACUUGGCAAAGGUAAUGCUGAGAUAUGCUCUUAUAAGCGAUUGGAACCUAGCAUUGGAGGUUCUGCUCAGAUACUAUGUCAUGACAAAGCAGAAAAUAUGUGACUACUUCUUCUACAACGAUGUCGAUGAGGAGGAUUUUGUGCAAGCAUUUGACAUGGCGCUAAGGUACGAAAAAAGAUUCGCAAAGCUGGUUGAUGACAGUAAGUGUAGCUUAUGCAUGUGCCGGCAUCAAGAUAGCUCGGACGAAAACUGCACACAAGAUCUUGCCUCGGCCAUCAAUCAUUCAUGCAGCCAUAUGAGAAUGAUAUCGUCGCAGUUUAUACCAAACAUUGCAAUUUACCUAAAGGUAUCGUUUGAUCGGCUAGUCGGUGGCGAGUUCGAGCAGGGCAAUGCCAAGGUUUGUGUUAUUUCUGCUGUGCUCGACUUCUUUCAUGGACUAGAAAGGAUUUUGAAAAAGAUUGAAUAUCUUGAUGACGUAUCUGCAUACAAAUGCUUGGUUAGAUACUUCGACAAAUAUAUCGCAAUCCUGAUAAGCAAGAUCCGCCUUGGAAACACUAUAUACAAAUCCAUUGUUGUAUUGAACACACUUUUAUUUGCACGGGAAACAAUGUCAGACUUCAUGGCCAGGGUUCUUGGGCAAGCAGGAAUCCUGGAAGACACUCCAAAUGCAUCUGAGCAAAUAAGGAAGAUGGAGGCAUUCCACGGCAGCGUCAUAGACAGCCAACUCUCGGUCUGCUUUGAAAAAAUCAGCUUCGAAUCGCCCAAUGACUUGGCAAAAGACAUCAUAAGGUUCAUAGAUGCAGAAAUCAUAAGCGAUGCCACAAAGGGCAUUGGAGAAGAAACCAGAAUGGUGUUGCUAGAGUCGAUGGUUUCGCAAAUGCUUUCAAGAAUAUACUCAAUCGGAAUCACCUCGGAUGCCGCUGAAGCUCUUCUGCUCGAGGUAGCUGAGGUUAAAAAGCAUCUCAAGCCAAAAGUAAGUGUCAUUCCAAUGAUGGAUGUCCUAGAAAAGUACUUGAAGAUCUUCCUCUGCUCGUAUGAUGAUGAGGAUUGCUUUGUGAACAACUUCAUGCUCAUGUCAGAAGACAUUUUUUCAUUUGAGCAGAUCAUCAGCAGUGUGCAAUGCAAGGAAAAAAAAGGAAAUCUGUGGGCUGCGUAUCAAAGGCAUACCGGCACCUCAACGCCAGGCAUUGCUUCUUUGCACUUCUAA